GUUCUUCCCUCUCCAGCUUGCUUCAACAAUGGAUUCAGAGACAAGUGAGGAAGUAGCACACGAAUUCCUUCCAUAUUUCCGCGCGUACAAAGACGGGCGAGUGGAGAGGUUCUUCGGCACCGACGUAGUCCCUCUGUCGAUCAAUCCGGCAAGUGGCGGCAUUUCCACCAAAGAUGUUAAAAUUGUUAAAGAAACCGGCCUAACAGCUCGUAUUUUCAUUCCCGGCGGCAUAAGCCCAGGCCAGAAGAUCCCUGUCCUGGUGUACUAUCAUGGCGGCGGUCUCUUCAUGGGUUCUCCGUUUUGUGCAGAGUAUCAUAAUCACGUGGCUUCUCUGGUAGCCGAGGCUCGGAUAGUUGCUGUAUCUGUUGAUUACAGAUUAGCCCCAGAGCACCCCGCGCCGAUAGCUUACGAAGACUCGUGGGUAGCACUUCAGUGGGUGGCUUCUCAUUGUAAUGGUGAAGGCCCUGAGGCCUGGCUGAGAGAACAUGCUGAUUUUCAGAGACUUUUUGUGGCUGGGGACAGCAUUGGAGGCAGUAUUGUGCACAACAUGACAGCGCAGGCUGGCGUUGAAGGUUUGCCAGGAGUGAGAUUGGUAGGAGCUUGUCUGGUUCAGCCCUAUUUUGCAGGAAAAGAAAGUGCUGGAACAGGUGUGGAGGACCGAUCAUGGCUUUUUUCGUGUCCGACGACAAGCGGGUUCGAUGAUCCAAGGAUAAACCCGGCUGAGGAUUCGAGGCUGUCGAAGCUAGGUUGCUCCAGGGUGCUGAUUCUUGUUGCUGAGAAUGAUGAUAUAAGAGACAGGGGUUUGCUCUAUUAUGAGACAUUGAGGAAGAGUGGGUGGGAUGGGGAGGUGGGGAUUGUGGAGACACAAGGAGAGAAGCAUGUGUUUCAUUUGUUUAAUCCUGAUUGUGAGAAGGCUCGAGCCUUAUUGAAGACAUUGGCUUCUUUCAUAAAUCGUAAACCAGGAGGUGGAGAUUAGGUAUUAUGCAUUAGCCAGUGAUGACAAUAUUAAGAAUAAUUGUGAUGUUUUUAUUUUUGUAAUGAGCUGUGUACUCAAAUUAUAUAUUAAGGAAAUAUGUAG